AUGGUGUCUUCCGUAAAAGAUGAGGCCGCAAUCGCGGUCGAUAUAGAGGACCACUCGUCGGCCAGCGUCAAAUGGGAAGGGCGUGAUUAUGCCAACGACACAUACUUGAACCCGUCGAGCCAGGCUGGGGAUCUCGAGAAGGCUGAUCCGCUGGGGGAUGAAGUGGCAAGACAGAAAGCGCAGGAGCUGGAGCAGGAGAACGGAAAUGGAAAUAAUGGUCAAUCGCAUCUCGGGCACGCUUAUCCUCAAGGGUUCGUUCUGUAUGCGUGUGUGAUUUCAUUAGUGCUGUCUCUGUUUUUGGCUGCGCUGGAUAUCAUGAUCGUUGCCACUUUGAUAGAAGACGUGGCGAGACAAUUCCACGAUUACUCGAACACGGGUUGGAUAUUUUCGGGUUACACCCUUCCAAAUGCUGUUUUAUGUCUUCUGUGGGGUCGUAUUGCGGCGGUGAUUGGUUUUAAAUCUUCGAUGCUGGCUUCAAUUUUUAUCUUCGAGAUCGGAUCCCUGAUAUCGGGUGUUGCUACCUCUUUGAACAUGCUUAUCGGUGGAAGAGUUGUCUCGGGUAUAGGCGGAAGUGGUAUUCAGAGUUUAGUGUUCGUAAUUGCAUUUUCGCUCGUGGAAGAAAGGAAAAAAGGUAUAGUUAUUGCGUUUCUGUCAAGUGCUUUUGGGCUGUCUAGUGUUGCUGGACCUUUCAUUGGAGGUGCAUUUACUUCACAUGUGACUUGGAGAUGGUGCUUUUAUAUCAAUUUGCCUAUCGGUGGAUUGGCCUUUACAGUCUUUGUCCUCUUCUACAAUCCAACCGGAGAGAGAAAAACUGUUGUUUCCAUCGUCAAGGACUUCUUCACCAACUCCUAUGCGAACAUGAAGAAAUUGAAAUGUUUAGCGAAAUUCAAAACGUGGAAAUUUAUUGUUCAUUCACUUAUUUUCCAGUUUGAUAUCAUCGAGUGCAUCAUUUGUUCGGCUGGAUUGGUACUUGUGCUUAUUGCAUUUUCAUUCGGUGGUAAUAAAUACAGAUGGGAUUCCGGGAAUAUUAUUGCAAUGUUUGUUAUUGGUAUACUGUUGAUCAUUUUUGCACUGGUCUACGAUUUUGCAAUUUUCCCAAGAUUCAAAACCGUAAGAGGAAAUGUUCAAUACCAACCAUUGAUGAAAUGGGAGAAUUUUAAGAAACCAGGUAUCUUCACUGCAAACUCUGCAGUUUUUUUCCAAAGUAUUACAUUCUCCAUCCAAAUGGUUUACCUGGUUCAGUUUUUUCAAUUGGUUUAUAAUGAUACUGCAUGGAAUGCUGCUGUUCAUUUAUUGGCUGCUGCUAUACCAACGGUCAUUUCCGUUAUGUUCUCUGGUGUUUUAAACAGUAAAACCGGUUAUAUCAAACCAAUUACUGUAGUCGGUGGUAUCUUUUCAGUAGUCGGUGCAGGUGCAUUGACAAGAUUGAAUAAUCAUUCAACCAACAGUCAACACAUUGGCUUGCUAAUUCUACCUGGUCUGGCAUUUGGUGCUAUUUUACAAAGUUCCAUGCUUGGUUGCCAAAAUCAAGUUGACAAAAACUCUCCAACUGCACGUAUUGAUUUCAUUUCAGUAGUUACUCUAAACAAUUUCUUGAAAGUAUUGGGUCAAGCUUUUGGUGGUAUAGUUUGCGAAACAGUGUUUAGCGCGUCAAUUUUGAAUAAAUUAAAGCAACACAAUAUUCAACUAGGCACAGAAAGUACUGUUAAUGAAUUGAUCAUCUACAGAGGUACCCACUUCGACGGUGCAACUUCUUUGAUGGGAGAUUUGAUUAGUCAAUCGAUUGUUGACGUUUUCUACAUGGCCUUAGGGUGUGCAGCUCUCGCUUUUAUUUCAGGCGUUUUAACAUCAAACAAGAAAAAUGAUGUGAGAAAGCAUCCACCUUCUCCAUCUCCAACAUCUAAUCAGAAGAGCGAUCAUUCAUCUGCUUCUGUGGCACCUUCCAAAGAAACAAGUUCAAUUGCGAGUUAA